AUGUCCAAGACCCUUCCGCCCAUCAAGUCGGCCACCCGCGGACGUGAAGGAGCCAACAGCGCGAGUCUUUACAACAACAACAACAACAACAACCACACGCCCCGCGAUGGCAGCAGCUAUCAGUUGACAAAGUCCUCUACUCCGGUGACGGCCGGCAACACGCCCAGACACCGCAGUUCGCAGCAGCAGCGGUCCACCAGCCGCCGCCGCUACGGUGCGGAGGUGGAGUUCUCCCUCGGCCCCGUGCAGGAGCGCUAUCUCCCGCCCUACAACGACCUCGAGGACCCGCACCUCGCGCCCUACUGGGCCCGCCGGGAAAUGCUCAUCCGGGAGCUGGCCGAGCGGCGGCGGGAAAUGCAGCGGCAGCGGCGGAUUGAGCGCCACCGCCGCGAGACCGCACGGCGGCGAUUUGAGGAACGCCGGCAACGGGAACUGGAGGAACUUUCAUCACGAAAGGGAUACCAGUCGCAGCGUCGACGCGAAGAGGAGGAGAACAAUCAUAACACGGACGAUGAUGAUGAUUACCAAAAUCAUUACCAGUAUCAGCAACGACAACAAAACUCCGCACGCGGACGCCGUCCUCACCCACCGUCGAGCAGGUCCAACACUGGUGGCGCAAGUAACACCAGAAGAGCCCCACGCCGCAACUAUGAGAGUGCUGCAACAGGAAGAAAAUCAACUCCACUCGUCCCUAAUGCCGCAGAUACGAGGGAGGAAGCCGCUCCAGCUUCCAAGAGGAAUUCAUCGCGAUCUCCAUCGAAACAUUCACAACGUGGAUCCUCGGUAGAAAAGAACCAGAAAGAAGAAGUGAAAAAGACGGAGGAGGUAAAACCUGUUGUGACUCACGUACCUACCGGAUCCUAUUCAUCCUCCAGAUCAUCUUCAUCCUCUUCCUCUUACCAUGAACAGGUCAAAGAACAAGUAAAGAAAGAGGAAUCCGUGGAAACACCGACUGGAACCAAAAAGAAUACUACUAGCAACUCAUCUUCGUCAUCAUCAUCCUUCGCAUCAUCUCAUGACAAUGAUCGUAAGGGUCAGGAAAGCAAGGGGACACAGAAAGAGGACCCGUAUGAGAAGGAACUCUCAGAGAAGGAUGACUACGAUAAUGAUGAAUUUGAGGCAUCUGCAUCCUCUGUAAAGAAGGAGGAAGAGUCCGCUAAGGACGUCCACGGCGAAAGUCCUGAAUACCCUAAGGAGGAGGAGAAGAAGGAUGACUACGACGAUGAGUUUGAGGCAUCUGUAUCCUCUGAGAAGAAGGAGGAAGAGUCUGCUAAGGACGUCCACGGCGAAAGUCCUGAAUACCCUAAGGAGGAGAAGAAGGAUGACUACGAUGAUGAUGAAUUUGAGGCAUCUGCAUCCUCUGAAAAGAAGGAGGAGGAGUCUGCUAAGGACGUCCACGGCGAAAGUCCUGAAUACCCCAAAGAGGAGGAGAAGAAGGAUGACUACGAUGAUGAUGAAUUUGAGGCAUCUGUAUCCUCUGAGAAGAAGGAGGAAGAGUCCGCUAAGGACGUCCACGGCGAAAGUCCUGAAUACCCCAAAGAGGAGGAGAAGAAGGAUGACUACGAUGAUGAUGAAUUUGAGGCAUCUGUAUCCUCUGAGAAGAAGGAAGAGUCCGUUGGGGCACUCCAUGCUGAGGGUAUCGAGACUCCUAAGGAAGAGUCUGUUGGGGCACUUCAUGCAGAGGGUACUGAGACUCCCAAGGCAGAGUCCGUUGGAGCACUCCAUGCAGAGGGUAUCGAGACUCCCAAGGCAGAGUCCGUU